AUGGUCUUCCUACAAAGAGUGUACAUAUCCUUCCUGGUCCUGCAUACUCAAUUGCUGAUGUACCUGGCUGAGUCUGAAUAUCCGCCUUGUAAUCUGGAUGAGAAAUGCAUUAGUCUAGCCCGCUGCACAUCACUCUUGCCCUUUCUGAAGCCCCACAACAUGACGCCAGCCGAGAAGGCGGUAUUCGAGGACAGAUAUUGCGGCUAUGGCCCCAAGGGGCAGGAAUUAUUGGACAGAGUUCUCAUCUGCUGCCCAAAUAUGGGACACAUUUUGCCAAAUACCCAGAUAUGUGGACCAAUCAUGCCGGCUUAUCGAAUUUUCGGAGGAGAGGAGACGCAACCCAACGAGUUGCCUUGGAUGGCCCUGAUUCUAUAUGCGCAUCGCAGCCGUUCGGUGUGGAAUGAAAGACUCGUGUCCAGGUGCGCUGGAUCCCUGAUCACAAACCGCUAUGUGCUGACCGCAGCCCAUUGUCUGAGGAUAACGGGAUUGGAUCUCAGGAGGGUGCGCCUUGGCGAGCAUAACAUUUUAAGCAAUCCCGACUGCGUCACCCAUAUUAAUGGUAGGGAACACUGCGCUCCAGAGCAUCUGGAAAUUGACGUCGAUCUGAGUAUCAAGCAUAGGCACUACAUGGUCUUCGAGGAAAGGCCCUACAACGACAUCGCCCUGCUGCGAUUGAAGUUUCCAGUACGCUAUACCGCUCAAAUCAAACCCAUCUGUGUUCAACUUGACUAUAUCUUCUCGAAUCCGUCCUUCAGCAACCAUAAGUUGCAAAUAGCUGGCUGGGGACUCUCUCAUAAGCAGGGCUAUAGCAAUGUGCUGCUACAGGCCUAUGUCAAUGGCAGGAACGCGGACGAGUGCUCAUUGAGUGAACCAUCCUUGGGAUUGGACAAGGAGACCCACAUAUGCGCCGGCAACCUGGGAGGCAAUGACACAUGCAAGGGCGAUUCCGGCGGUCCGCUGAUGGCCAUCAUGGAACGUGGUGACGAGGAAUUCGUAUAUCUAGCCGGAAUCACAUCCUACGGGUACAGUCAGUGCGGAUACGGACCAGCAGCUUACACAAAGACAUCCAAAUUCGUUGAAUGGAUUCUAUGGAACAUGUACACUAAUAUAUUCCAAUGAAAUAAUCAAAAUAGUAGAAUUUGGUUAAGAAAAGAAAUAUUUAUUGUCCGGCACUGAGCCCAAAUUAUCGCAAAAAUAAAUUAGGAAAUUUCAUUG